GCAGCAGCAGCGCGUAGCUGCUGUUCAUCUUGAAGUACAAUGCGGAACAAGACCCCAUUUGUUGUUUCCAGGCACGCGUUUUCGAGCACACACAUGCACACGCAAACGUGUACGCACACGCUCUCGAAACAACCCGCCGACUCUGUUCGUAGAUCCAUGCAUAGCUCAUGAUACCGAUUGGCUGGCAAACCGCUCUGUUUAGAGGCACAAGAGACACGCGUCGUGCUUCUGCGGUGGCACAGAGCCUGCGGAAAUUUCCCGAUCACACCAAGCAGGCCUGGACUACCCCGCUCGUUCGCUCCCUCCACGGAACCGGCGCGGCACUCCAGCCGGUGACGAUCAUUGGCCAGCCCUCGAACGUGGUCAGCGACACCACAAUGAUCAAGAAAGUGUGGAACAGCCCCGGCGCGAUGCUCCAGGACAUCUCCAGCCGCAAGUACGGGUCCGCCCUCGGCGUCCAAGUCAGCACUGAUGUCGAGGAGCUUGCGGGCGAGGAGCCCCCGUCGAAGAAGGCCAAGGUGUGCACCGGCCCCAACUGCUGCGACGCGCCCUGCUGCACCAUCCCCGGCAAGUGCACGCUCGAAAACUGCACCGCCGAGACCUGCAUGGCCGAGGAGGACAGUGACGCCGACAGCGCCGUGCAGGAGGUCGGCGCUACCUUCGGAUCGGGCCGCCGCCAGAUGUCCACCAAGGGUGCGUAUGUGUACGGUAUCGGCUUGUAUUUCUAUUUUUCGCACAACUUUCGCGCGAUCCAGGUUUCAGCCACUAUCCAGGCGGGACCCUCGGAUGACCACGCAAUGUGGAAGAAGCCGUCGCUCGACAAGGUCAUGGAUGCGAACAAGAAGUGGGUGGCCAGAGUGAAGGCCGAGGACCCCGACUUCUUCAAGAGGCUGGCGUCCAUCCACACCCCAGAGCACUUCUUCAUCGGAUGCUCCGACUCGCGGCUUUCCGUCGAGGCGAUGCUCGGCUGCGGACCCGGAGAGGUGUUCAUCCACCGCAACAUCGCUAACCAGUUCAUGCACAACGAUGUCAGCAUCCUCGCCUCGCUCCACUACGCCGUCGACUACUUGGGGGUGCGUGCGUACCUUGGCGGUCGACCUACCGUUUGAGCGCCGGUUGUUGGUAUGGUCUGAUGUGUGAUUAAUCCUCUUCUUUUUAUGUUCGGGAUCAGGCAGGACAUUGAAACGUUAAAGGACAUUGAAACGUUAAAUAUUCAAGAAGAAAAUUGGCCAAUGCAGGUGGAGACGCACAAAAGCGAAAAAUGAUGUCCGUGCCUGCCCGCGCGCCGAGAGCCGUGCGGGGUUUGCAUGGGGAUACCUUGAGAUACCGUAGAAUUGUUGGUAUGCACAUUUACAUUUGGGAACGGGCAGGACAUGCAACAUGCAUUUUUAAAGCGUGUCAUUAUUGGCGCGCGUUUCUUGUUCUAUUUCGUCUAUACCACCACCCCUCGCUCUAGACCGUCUAUAUAUCACCCCAAUUGUGCAACUAACAAAACAGGUGAAGAACAUCAUCCUGU